GGGAAGGUGGGGUGGGGGGAGGCCUCACGAUCAUGGCGGCCUCUGCCGCGGACGGGCGGGCGGUCGCCGCGACAGAGGCCAAGAAGCUGGUGCGGAGCCCCAGCGGCCUGCGCAUGGUGCCCGAGAACAACGCGAUGGGCAGCCCCUUCGCGCUGGACGAGCCGCCGUGGGUGCCCGACAAGGAGUGCACGCGCUGCAUGCUGUGCGAGGCCAAGUUCGACUUUCUCACGCGCAAGCACCACUGCCGGCGCUGCGGCCGCUGCUUCUGCGACCGAUGCUGCGGGCGCAAGGCGCCGCUGCCGCGCAUGUCCUUCGUGGACCCCGUGCGGCAGUGUGGCACCUGUGCCGGGCUCUCCCAGCGCGAGGGCGACUUCUACGAGCGCCACCUGAAGGUCCUGCUCGCCGGAACCACGUUUAUGGUGUCGGUUGAAAAGCCAAACUCGACCAGCCUGACCAUGAACUGCCGCCUCUCCAACGACCACAGACACGUGUUUCUGGAUGGAGACGGGGAGCACUUUGCAGUGGAGGUGUGCCGGAUCGCUGGGGUGGAGGGCCACACCGAGCCCGGCUCGCCGGACGGCAGUGGAGGGGGGCGGCUCGUGGGCAUGGCGCUGCGCUACUCGGUGCCAGGGGAGGCUGCCCUGCGCUGCCUCUCCCUGCGCGUGCCUGAGUACAGCGACGACCGCAAGCAGGCGUCGCUGUGGCUCUCCGCCAUGCACAGGGCCACCAAGUUGCUGUACGAAGGCAAAGACGACGGGCAAGUUGCCGAGUGUUGAAAGAUCCAGCUCUACUCACGACACUGCACUACGCCACCGCGACGCCACCACACUACACUACUUUACAUUUAUUCUCAUAACCUUUUUGUAAGAAACAAACACUUAUAAUACCGAAGACUUUAUAUAUCCUUGAUUUUUUUGUAAUCCGUAGGGUUAAUUGCACACAGCCACCGCGUUGAUUGAUUGACUUUGGAGAUCGCAGUAUUAAUUGGGCGCAGAGCCUUUUCCACUUCCCUCUCUCAUACUCCUUGCGUGGUGGAUGCUCUCUCCGCUCUAGAGGAACAACUGCCCUCCCCGUGCGUACGUGCAGUGCCAUUUUUACAGCUGUGCGGCGGGCUCACAGCGCUUCCUUUAAGGGGACCCAAAAUGAUUUGUCUCUCUUGGGCAUGUAACGGUUCGCCUCCCCCAUCCCCCCAUCCUUGCGACUCGAAGGAUUAUCGCAAUUCGAGGGUCAUGAUUUGAAACCUGAGAAUCGAACGACGAUUUGUAUUGGCACGUUGGUGAUUGUAGCCGACUGCAGUGGCUGCAGAGUUUACAUAAACCGAUUGCAUACAUCACAUACGAAUCUGAGAUAAUGGAUUAUUGUACUCGUGAUUCCAUAUAUCUUGAGCGUAACAAUCAAGGUGAAUUGAUGAAUCGAUGCGUUGUUACAUGCCUAAUGUUACUUCGUGCCUGCGUGUGUUUAUUUGUGUAUCUGUGUCUCCGUGUUUUUUUUUAUGUUUCGAUCGCUGAUUCUUGCUCUCUUUGUUUAUUGUGUCUCAUUGUGUUUUUCUAUUUCUGUCUCUGGGUCUAAUUGUACAUCUCUUGACGUCUUUGUUUCUUUGUGUUUCUCAUUGUCAAUCUGUGUAUCUGUGCCCAUUUCUGUGUGAGUUCGUGUCUCUGUGUCUGUCUCUCGGGCCCCUCUUCCCCAUGUGCACCGGGCUCUGCAUAGAGUUGAGACAGCGCUGUGUUCUCUCGUAUAUUCUGUGUCCUCAUUUUUGUACCUUACUGACUGCUGGGCAGCACGCCCGCUCAGCGCCAUGCGUCGCAUUAAACAAAGCUAUUUAAUAAAACCGUUCUUUGAA